UCUCCCCCUCGCCGCUCCCGCUCCGCAUUCGCUGUGGCUGCGGCACUCCCCGCUCCCAUUGGCGGCGGGCGCUGGUUCCGGCUGCCUUUUCCUGGUUCCGGGUCACGGGGCGGGGCGCGCGGCGGCAGGACCGGGAAGCGGAGGGCGCCGGGGCCGCAGCGCGGAUCGCGCAGCGCGGAAUGCUCGGGAGCGGCUGAGCGGAAGCGCCGGGAGCGGCGGCGGCGGGCGGUGCUCCAUCCGUGCUCCAUCGCUGUUCCAUCUGGCUGCUGUGCGGGAUGCAGUUACUGUCACAAAACAGCGGACUAUUUUGAUAUAAGGAUGUCAUCACCUUGCCAUACCUCUGCUAUGCUGGUAGUCUUUAUGGCCCUUAUUCUGGGUGUGGUGGCUGACCAGUCAAAAGAGAGGGGCUGCGAUGUGAUCGGUGAUGAGAGCAGCGAGUCGCAAAUGGAAAGAGCCUUGCUGAAGAAACUAGAGCCCCUAAGCCAAAUGAGGUUUAACGUUACUGUGGAGAAAGGCAAAACAGAAAACUACGUCUACCAUUUCAGGGUGUGCAGGGAGGUCAACAGCAACUUGCACGAUUUUAGUGGCCUGGUGCAAAUGGAUAGACAGAGUGGAAGGAGCACAGUGAUAGGAAGAAUCAAUGAAACCCAGGUCUUCAAUGGAAGUGACUGGAUCAUGCUGAUUUAUAAAGGAGGUGAUUCAUAUGGCAGCCACUGCAGUGGUGAGAAGAGGAGAGCUGUGAUAAUGAUUUCAUGCAAGCGGGGAGUUACAGCGAGUUCGUUCAGCAUUAUUUCGGAAGAGCGGGAAAAGGAGCAGGAGUGUUUCUACCUCUUUGAGAUGGACAGCAGUGUGGCUUGUCCAGCUGUGGAAUCCCACCUCAGUGUUGGCUCCAUUCUGCUGAUCACGUUUGCUUCACUGAUUGCAGUCUACAUCAUUGGUGGGUUCCUCUACCAGCGCCUUAUAGUGGGAGCAAAGGGCAUGGAGCAGUUUCCUCACUUUGCUUUCUGGCAAGAUUUGGGCAAUUUGGUGGCGGAUGGCUGUGACUUUGUCUGCCGAUCUAAGCCUCGAAAUGCACCCGCUGCGUACCGUGGUGUGGGAGAUGACCAGCUGGGUGAGGAGUCGGAAGAACGGGAUGACCACUUGCUACCAAUGUGAUGGGCUUUCAACACUGAGUUCUUUUCUCCCCAUCUCCCUAGUGCUUGUUUAGCCGGAUGGCUCCCAGCCAGUUCUUCCUCUCACUUCUGAUUUUCCUUACACUGUUCGCUUUUGCUGCUCUCUGAUGUGUCAAGUCCCAUAGAUGCCUCUGGGUGGGAACAGUGCUGGUCCCUGAUGGCAUGACUUACAUUCACAGUGCUGUUUCAGGUUUUUAAAAAUGCAGCACAGCUUAGGGGUGAAAAGUGCUGAGAGUUGAGUAGAUGACAGCAAGAAAGCAAUAUGAGCAGUCAGCACUGAGCAGGAAUGGGAGAUGAAUCACUGCGAGGAAAAAAGGGACUUGUAUGGGUGCAGAAUGGGAAAGGCAAAAUAGGCAGUGGGUUAAAACAGCUGAGACUGUAGGAGGGAUCUUUUGUUUCUGUCUUUCUUUUUUUUUUUUUUCCCCUUAGGGUUUACAGGAUCUGUCAGACACUGGAAUUAUUUUUCCUUGAAUGCAUUUUCAGCUUUUCUAGCUUCUGCAAUGUUUCUGCCAGCAUAACCUGCACAGUGUGCUGUAUAUCAGACUCCAUGCGGGUGGAAGAGGCAUUAGCACCUCUGCAGUCUUUUCCUAAUGGCAAUAUGUGGAAGAGUAUGCACCAGUUUCUUUUCAACAAAUACAAAGGGAUGCAUGCCAUCCUCUCAGACUGGAGAGGGGCAAUGUUAAAAAACUAUAGGACUUAAAUACAGUCUUGUGACUUUCCAGUGCAGUCAAAAUAUUGUCUGUCUUCUCAGUCAUUGAGAAGCAAAAGGAAAUUACAUGCUGCUUAAUGAAGGGAACCUUUGCUGAAACUGAAACUGACAUCAAGGCAAAAUGAGAAAGGUUGCUGCCACUUGAGUUCUGUUACAAGUGUCCGGAGGUGACUGCUUGUACCGCUGUCACUUGUCAGCAUUGUGAUUUCAAUGCUCCUUCAAAGUUCCUUGUUUGGCAGAGGGUUUUCCUGUGAAGGUACUGGAUUUAUUUUUUUUUUU